GAGAGAAGUGAAAGAGCAAAGCAAAGAGAAGAGCAGAGAUGGAGUCCAAGUCCCGUAGGCUGCCGUUCAUGGGCUCGAGCUCUGCGUCGUCGUUGUCCUCCUCUUCGUCGUUCUCCUCUUCCUCACCCUUGGGCACAAGUCGGCUCUAUGGCCGAGGGACGGUGCUGAGCAGUGACCGAUACACCAGAGGGACCUCCGUCAAACUGGACUCGGAGCACCAGGGCCCCAGGUUCCAAAGCUCGCCAAGAGACUACUGCAUCCCCGAGAGCCGUCACUCAAGCUGGAAACUGCCCUCCCCUGUGACCCCAGCCCCCGUGUCGCGUGACCGCUCCUGGACCGACACUGUGGGAAGCAGCAGUAAAAUGUUUAAUUAUCAGGGGGAUUCUGAGAGGCGGCUGGGGACAUAUUCAGGACUUCUCAGCGCAACACAAGACGGCGAUUCCAAAAGGCCCAAGCUGUCCUAUGCCAACAGAGCCUCGUAUUCCAGAAGUCCCUCUUCCUCUGUGCUGGGCAGCACCAGCUCCAGCAUUGGCAGUGUUUCAGAUUCCUCGUGGAAGACCUACAGUCCCCUGUCCAGAUCGUCGUCCUCAGUCUCCUCGGAAGGCCUGCGGUCUCGCAGGGAGGCAGAGAACAGAAGCGAGUCCACCCUCUCAGGCCACAGAAGUGCUGGGCUGUCCUCUCUCUAUUGUGCAGACCGUGUCACUUCCUCUUACGCGCAAGGUGCAAGGCCGAAGGAGAGCCUCUACUCCUCCUCCUCCUCCAGCCGGGGGACCAGCUCCGCUGGGCACCACCCCUCCUCAGAUUACCAGCCCCUGUCCUCCCGAGACUCCUGCAGAAGCACCUCCAGGAUCUCCUCCUCCACCUCUGCCUCCCUCAGGGCUGCGGAGUCGUCCCUGGACCCGGAGCCCCGCGGCAGGCCGUCCCGCGACUGCUCCUGGUAUGUGCCCCUGUCGGAGAGGAGCAGCAGCACCGCGUCCACCCCCCCGACCCGGCAGGCGGGGGAGAGCGGGGAGCCCGACGGCCGACGCAGCACCCGGCAGCUGCUCUCCCGGCUGGCCAGCAGCAUGUCCUCCUCCCUCUUCUCCCGGAGGUCCAGCCAGGACUCCAGCACCGGCUCCAGCUCCGCCUCCCGGUCCUUCGAGUCCUCCGACGACUCCUCCGAGCUCCGGCGGGAGGAGGGCUCCUCGGCGAGCGCCGGCAGCAGCCGCAACAGCAGCCCGGACGCGUCAGAGAGGCGGGGCGGCGCCGAACCGGCCCAGGGCUUCGCCUUCCUGCGGCGCCGGCGGCAGGGCCUGGCGCCCGUGCUGGAGACGGGCGGCGCCGAGCCCGACCCGGACGCCGACCCGGGCAGACCCGGCGGCGCCUGGCUGUCCUCCUCCCUCCGCAGGCGCUGCCCGCCCCUGUUCUCCCGGCGCAGGAGGGAGGGCCGCGACGAGACGGCGCGCCGCGACGAGACGGCACACCUGGCCGACGCCCGCCACGGCGGCCAGCUCCCGCUCGCGAGGAGGGGCUCCCUGGAAGUCAGAGCCGCCGACGGCGACCGGGAGGACGAGGAAGAGGAGGACGAAGAGGAGGAGUCCGAGGGCGCCAGGGCAGCGGGUCCCGCCGGAGCCACGGCGUCCGGCGCCUCCGUCCAGGACGCCCCCCAGGCGGGGAGGGGGCGCAGGCUGUCCGGGGUAACCUCCAACUCUCUGUUCCGGAUCUCCGUGCCCCCCACCCUGGACAACUCCCUGCCGGAGAAUGUCAUGAUCACCGUGGACAUCAUGGCCGCCGGGAGAGCACCCGAACGACAGGAGGAGAAGAAACAAGCCUCAUCCAGGGACCCAGAGAAACUCAGGAAAAUCCAGGAGAGCCUGCUGCUGGAGGAGUCCGAUGAGGAGGAGGGGGACCUGUGCCGAAUUUGCCAGAUGAAGGAGGAGUCCCCCUCCAACCCUCUGGUGGAGCCCUGCAGGUGUACCGGCAGCCUGCGCUACGUCCACCAGGACUGCAUGAAGAAGUGGCUGCGCUCCAAAAUCAGCUCAGGUUCUAACCUGGAAGCUGUCACCACCUGCGAGAUGUGCAAGGAGAAGCUGCAUCUCAACAUUGAAAACUUUGAUAUCAAUGAGCUCUACAGGACGCAUGAAAGGUCGGAGUAUGAAUUCAUCAGCUGCGGCCUGUACCUGGUGGUGCUCCUCCACCUGUGUGAGCAGAGGUUCUCUGACGUGCUGGGAGCAGCCACGGACGCUGGGUUUCUCAGCCUGGCGAGAACCCUUCACGAGCACAUGGACGAUCUUGAAAGCUCCUACGGGGAGUCCGAGGAGGAGGGUCAGGUGCGGGACAGCCGGCCGUCCAUCGAUUUCUGUGACCUGGACGAUGACGAAGAGGAGGAGGAUUGAGCGACCCUGGGAAUGCCACCGUUUCCCGUUAUCGAGACGUUUUCGGAGGCAGUGCCUUUACUGUACGCCAAGUACAGCGGCUGCGAAGCAAGUGGAAAACAGCGGCAAACAUGUAUUUAACAAAACACUUUCGCCUUAAGGGAUGUUUUAUGGAUAUACACUUCUCGUGGGGAAUGCUUUUUCUCUCCUACGUACUGUGUCAAAUCGUUUUAUUUGAAUGCUCUUGCUUAUUCGGUCAAUUAAUAAUGAAUUCUGUCGAACUUUUAUACCACAAGUGCUUUAAAUACCAGAUCGAGCAGAAUUCGCUGGAGUAACUCAGUGUGGUAGAGUUGUGGCGACAGAAACAGACUUUGACACACUGGCUUAUUCUCACGUCCUGCUGGAAUCACGCAAGGCACUCCGUUUGUUUGUUUCUGCCUGUAUAGGAGAGGGACGAAGCUCCUUUCUAGGGUGGCACUGCAGAAGCUACUAAUCGUUCCCUUUACCAUUUUUUUAAAAAGAAAAAGGUGCAAUGUAUUGGCUUUGAGGUGUGUUUUGAAAGUAUGAUGUUCUGUGAUGGGUUUAAAAAAAAAAAUGAUGUGGAAGAGAAUGAGUUUAGAGCAAUGAACUGAUCAUUUCAUCUGCAUUUAUGUUGCAUUACAAAAAAAAAUAUUGUUUGGCCUAUCAAGUUGUUUUCAUUGUUUAAUAAUUAUAAUAAAGAUUUUGAUGUACAGUCUGUUAAUGAACUCUGAUUGCAGUAAUGGACCAAGGUGGUUCACACUCUGUUUCUUGUAUUUUAGGUGGAGAAAUUCUGCUCUAUA